GAGUCCGACCCAAAAUAAUCACAGCAGCAGCAGAAGAAGAGCGCUAACAGUUAGCUUGUCGGAGAAACGUAUCUCAGCGCUAGCGUUAGCUAAGCAUUAUCCAAUGCCUGGCUAGCAUCGGUGCAGGUGUCGAAGAACAUCAUAUGCAGCGAAAGAGAGGGGAGGUCGCAUUAAAGAGUUCCUGACAGAGACCGACCCCGCUCUCGACAACAUGGAGAAACAGUUGCAUUUAAACCUGUUAGCCUCCAGACCUCCUAUGGCAGGUGGUUUUCAGUCCAGCUCCAAGAUGAAAAUGGGACCCGGACGGAAGAGAGAUUUCUCCCCCCUGCCCUGGAGUCAGUACUUUGAAACCAUAGAAGAUGUUGAGGUGGAGAAUGAAAAUGGCAAAGAUAUCUUCAGAAUUUACUGCAGUGGUGCCCAUGGUCCUGUGCUGCUUCUGCUCCAUGGGGGAGGCCAUUCUGCGCUCUCCUGGGCAGUGUUUACUGCCGUCAUAUGCAGCAGAAUCAACUGCAGGGUGGUGGCUAUGGACCUUCGAGCUCAUGGUGACACCAAAGUGAAAAAUCCUGAUGAUCUCUCUGCAGACACGAUGGCCAAGGAUAUUGGCAAAGUGGUGGAGGUGCUCUAUGGAGAGAGCCCACCUCCGAUCAUGAUUAUUGGACACAGCAUGGGCGGGGCCAUCGCUGUUCAUACAGCUGCCGCCAAUCAUAUACCAUCCCUGCUUGGCCUCUGUGUCAUUGAUGUUGUAGAAGGUACAGCAAUGGAUGCUCUGAACAGUAUGCAGAAUUUCCUCAGAAGUCGGCCAAAGACCUUUAAAUCCCUGGAGAAUGCCAUUGAGUGGAGUGUGAAGAGCGGCCAGAUCCGAAAUACGGAGUCUGCGCGAGUGUCAAUGGGAGGCCAGGUGAAAAAAUGUGAGGAAUCCACCAGCAGUCCAGGUGUGUCCAAUAGCAUUGAAGGUAUUAUAGAAGAGGAGGAGGAUGAAGAGGCGGAAGAAGAAUCCAACAAGAAAAGGAUGAAGGAAGAUGACCAAGAGACAAAAAAGGAAAGCAUCUUCACCUGGCGAGUGGAGCUGUCAAAGACAGAAAAAUACUGGGAGGGCUGGUUCAGAGGCCUGUCUGCCCUCUUUCUCACUUGCCCUGUGCCAAAACUGCUUCUGCUUGCAGGAGUGGACAGGCUUGACAAAGACCUUACUAUUGGACAGAUGCAAGGGAAGUUCCAGAUGCAGGUCCUCCCUCAGUGUGGUCACGCUGUCCAUGAGGACGCACCUGAGAAAGUAGCAGACGCUCUAGCAACAUUUAUGGUCCGGCACAAAUUCACUGAGUUUAAGGAGGGAUACCUGUGCUAAUUUCCAGUUAUCAGUCUAAAGAUAGCCAGCAGCCAUAGAAGAAAUGUUUCAAGAUUCAUUCACAUCCUCAUACAAUUUAACUGCAAAAUAGGGAAAAAUAAGAUAAGCAAUUAUUAUUAUUAUUAUUAUUAUUAUUAUUAUUAUGUUGCUUUUGUUAUGUAGAUACUUUGCCUCUCAGCUUUGCCUUAUUUUUAUUUUAAAACACUGGGAUUUGAUUGUACUCUUCCUUUACAGUAAUUUUUUUAUGUUAUGUUUAAAGGGAUACUAUGCAGGAAUUGUCGCUUACUGUUUGUGAACACAGCAUUCAAACUUGGCCCCUCCUUCCUACACUUCACUUAAAGCUACAGUACUAUUUUAGGAACAUAGCAUUUGUUGUGAUGGAGAAGCUGAUACUCUAGCAAGCUAACUAAGCUCACUGCUAGCACCUACCUGUCCAGUAGAAAACCGUUAAACUUUGCAUCGCUCGUCAUCCCCAUCCUGUCCUUCAGUGCUCAUCAGUGACUGUGAAAGCCAACCCCAACAUUCACUCUCAUUUUGUCCUCUUGGCGCUUCGCUUCACUCUAUUCGCGUUUUUUCUUGGCACAGUGAUUCCUGUCCCGACCUCACCUGCACGUUCCUGUGGGCUCGGGGUUACACCACUGCUCAAAGAUUGCAGUGAAUCAACGUCCACAAUGCAAUACAGGCAGAGGGCAUAUAAAAACACCACCACCCACUUCUAGUUGGUCUUGAACAAACCCAAACAGAACCUGUGAUUUAUUUAUUUUUUUGCAGUUACCAGCAGUGAUACACAAUGAAAAUCUGCGGACUUACGUGGAGUGUUUUUUUUUUUUUUUUUUUUUUCUUUGCUUUUAAUGUGAUAGAAAAUAUUCACUUAAGAUUUAAAAGCAAAAUCUGCUCAAAAUCUAGUAGGUAUCAUCCGUGGGCGUGGUUAUAAGUGAUGAUUGAAAGUAUUACUUUUGUAUGAUUCUACAUUGUUUUUUAUUUUUUAAGAAAAUCCUGCAUAGUAUCCUUUUAUUUAUUCUUUUUUAUUUUGAGUGAUUGCAUCAUUGUUAAUGUGUUUGUAAUGUCUGAAUUCAAACAAUGAUUAAAGAUGGAUGCAGCAGAAAUGUCACCCAUGCUUGUAUAUUUGGAAUGUGUAUUAAAAGGACAUCAUGAU